AUGGGGUGCAUCGAAUCCAAGUUCAAGUACGAAGAGCGUCAGGUGAACGCAGUAGCCGCCUUUGUGCACAAUGCCAUCGACGGCAAAGUCGCCUUGCUAGCGAAAGCCAUCAGAAUCGACCGAAAAAAGGUCGUCGCCGUCGACCGGUUUGGCAUGACAGCAUUGCAUUGGGCGUGCUAUGUUGGCCAAAUCACGUCGGUCAUCGCGCUCUGCGACGCAGGGGCCGUGCCAACCCAAGUCGACAACAACCAGCGGAAUGCACUACAUCAUGCGUGUCGGAAAGGGCGGUUGAACAUCGUGGCCCACUUGACUAGCAUUUGCGGUAUGAAUGUCAACUGCCAAAGCGGCAACGGGGACACUCCCCUGCACAAAGCAGUCCUCGCUCCGAGUGUGCCUGUCACGUUGCUGCUACUAAAACACGGCGCCAACAAACACUUGCCUAACACGUAUGGCCGAACGCCGUCGUCCGAAGUGCAAUUUCGACUGGGGAAAGGCGCCCCCACCGCAGCGAUCCCGGAAGAGGCCGAGCCGGACCUGGGCCAAGUUUUACAAUGGCCAGCGUUGCAAUCCGUCGAAGUCAUGACCGCCGUGGUGCCGUUCGACGAUACCCUGUCAAGGCCGUCCACCACCGACCAGCUGCAGCUCUCCCCCUCCGAUCAACUGGCCACAUUAAGUGGCUACGCCCUUCUUGGAGCCAUCUUCACACUUCACGACCUAGCACUCGCUCGAGAUCCAAGCGCCAUGGCGCAGUUCGACCAGCUCGUGGCCACUCAUUGCGUCGUUGGUUCGUAA